AUGAAGCAGUCUUAUUCGGGCGAUUACGAGUUAUUCUUGAAUGGAACAAUGCGAAUCGAUGACCCAGACGAGAUACGACACUUCGAAUGUGCCAUCGAUCAUUCGGUAUUACCACAGAGGAAACGUCGGCAGCUGCAUACCUCAUCGUUUGAACCACAGUUCACGCUAAGACCACAGAAUCGAGCCUACCGAGAGGGAGAUGUAGUUCGAGUCGACUGUGAGGUAAACCAUUCAAAUCACUGA